AUGAUUGCCGUACCUUUGCAGAACAAUAUUCGCCACAUCAACAGAGGACUGAAUUAUUUACGGGGACUUAAGUUAGCACAUCUGGUAACACAGGACGAGUCCUUCGAAAUAUCGUUAUUGAUCGGAGCUGACUACUACUGGGACUUAGUCGAGGAUGAAGUCAUACGGGGGAAUGGUCCAACCGCUGUGAGGUCAAAGUUAGGUUUUUUACUUUCCGGUCCAGUAAGCGACAAGAGGGAUAACUCAUUGAUGGGUACUAGCAUUUUUAAUAUUCUUAUUUCUCAUAAAACAGAAGAGCAUGAUAAAGAAACAUUUUGGAGAUUGGAAUCGAUUGGUAUUAACUCGAAGGAAACAGACAUAGACGAUACAGAUUUUUUGGAAACAUAUCAAGACACUUCGAUUGAACUCAGAGGUAAUAAAUACUUUGCAAAAUUGCCAUGGAAACAGGAACAUGACGAACUACCAUCAAACUAUACAGUCACAAGAAGAACAGAGAACGUUAUUAAGAAACUUAGUCAAGAUCCUAAACUACUAAAGAAGUAUGGAGAUAUAAUCGCCGAACAGGAACGCAGAGGAUUUGUUGAGACAGUAGAUGAAAAUGAACAAAAAGGCGGGAAAAUUCAUUACAUUCCACACCACCCUAUACACAAGGAAUCUAGCACAACUCCUAUACGAAUAGUAUACGACUGCAGUUGUCGUCAAUCACCAAGUCAUCCAAGUCUAAAUGAUUGUCUUAUGGACACACCACCAAAAUUAAAUGAUUUGACAAAUCUCCUAGUACAGUUUAGAGCCAACCAGUUUGCUACAUGUACUGAUAUUGAGAAAGCUUUCUUACAUGUUGGAUUGAGCGAAGAAGAUAGAGAUGUUACCCGAUUUUUAUGGCUUAGUGACCCUACAAAUCCAGGAAGUCAGCUGAAAACUUAUAGGUUCAAAGCAGUGUUAUUUGGAGCGACGUCUUCGCCCUUUAUACUCAACGCCACAAUACAGAAACAUUUGAAACAAUUCAGAAACAGUGAAACAGCUAAAAUUCUAGAAAGAGAUAUUUACGUUGAUAACAUAUUGUCUAGUAUGAACAAAGAGGAAGAUUUACUUACGUAUUUCAAAGAAGCAAGAAGCUUGAUGGCUGGAGCUGGAUUCAACUUGAGAUCAUGGAGUUCAAACAGUGCUAAAUUACUAGAAUUAGCUAAAGAAGAAAACGUCCUAGAUACGGAUAAGUAUACCAAAAUACUUGGAAUGUUGUGGAACAGUCGUAGCGACGAGAUUUUUUACCCUAAGCGUGAUAUUCCUACACCGGAACUACUUCAACAUGUAACUAAACGAGAAGUUUUGAAAUAUUCUUCAAAGAUUUAUGACCCACUAGGCUUACUUAGUCCGAUUACAAUUAGAGCGAAAAUCAUGAUACAAGAGUUAUGGAAAUGUGGAUUAGAUUGGGACGAACUUAUACCAGAUAAUUUAAAGACUACGUGGAUAGAUUUGACCAAAGAUUUGGAAAAGGCAAUACAAUUCACUAUUCCUCGAUAUUACUUUAGCAAGCCAUCAACAUCAACAGAAUUAGUACUUCAUGUAUUUACAGACGCAAGUCCAAAGGCGUACGGCGCAGCAGCUUAUUUGAGUAACGAAAACGAAACAACUUUAGUAAUGGCGAAAACCAGAGUAGCACCAGUCAAAUGCUUAACCCUCCCACAACUUGAACUUAUGGCAGCAAUCAUCGGCGCACGACUAGCUGCACAUCUUCAUUCAACACUUAAUUAUCCAAAAAUUGUAUUUUGGUCAGAUAGCAGCAUCGUUCUUCAUUGGCUAACAUCUACGAAGACUUUGAAACGUUUUAUAGCUAAUCGAGUGAGGGAAAUAACAGAAUUGACGCAUCCAUACAAAUGGCGAUAUUGCCCUACUGAUAACAACCCGGCAGAUCUUCUAACAAGAGGACUUACAAUUGAACAAUUUGACCAGAGUAUACUUUGGCGGAAAGGACCACAUUGGUUAACAGAUAGUACAAAAUGGCCGGAACUAAACAGCGCAAAAAACACUGUUUUGACGUCACUGGUAGAUGACAGAGAAAAUGAAGAGGAAUUGGACAACUUGAAUAUGACGCACCAAAAGAGUCUAGGAAGUAUAACAAACAUAUUGGAUAUUUCGAACUAUGGAUCUUACAUGAAGUUAUUACGUAUUACCGCGUAUGUCAUCCGUUUUAUACGCAACUGUAUACGGGAUAGGAUUUCCAGAAAAAGUGGACCACUGGAGGUAAAUGAAAUUCAAACAGCAGUAAAUACUUGGAUUCUAGAUCUGAGAGGAGCACAACACAGAAACACAAAUAAAGUACCCAGAGUCCGACAAUUGGGACUUUUCUUAGACGAAACCGGUCUUAUUAGAUGUAACGGGAGAAUACACAACGCACCAAUACCAGAAUCAGCGAAAUUUCCGUACCUUAUACCGGCAAAUCAUCCGUUAACUAGACUUAAUUGUAUUGGACGCACACGAAAAAUUACUUCAUAG